ACAAAACAAACGUGAAGUUAUCCCCAAAACAAUAAAUCUUUAUUUACAUAACCUAACUUUGUUCAUAUCGAUACAAAAAUGAAAAAAUUAAACAGUGAUUCGUUCCUAAUUUAUUAUGGAUUAUGUUUGUUAAGAAUUCUGUUAGUUUUAACCCCACAAAACGGGUACAUACACCCGGACGAAUUUUUCCAAUCAAUCGAAGUUUUUGCGAGUAACAUUUUCGAAUUAGAUGGAAACAUCCCGUGGGAUUUCAACGUAACAUUUCCAAUUCGCAGCAUAGGCCCUCAAUACGUAACGACAGGAUUAAGUUAUAACAUUUUAAAAAUGUCCAGCAUGCUUUUUAAGGGCUUAAUAACUCCGUACAGUUUACUCGUAACUCCGAGAUUAUUUAUUUGUUUAUUAUCGUUUUUAUGCGAUUGGUCGGUUUAUAAAAUAUGCAAAAACAACAAUGAGAGGUACAAAUCGAAAUUGGUAGUUUUAUCGAGUUCGUAUGUUAUGCUAAUUUUUGGAACUCGUACUUUUAGUAACACUUUAGAGUUGAUUUCGUUCGCUUUAUUGUUGUAUUUCGUAGCUGAAAGUAUGAUUUUUUCUAAUGUGAUUGUGAAGCAUCACGAGUAUUUGCGCAAACGUUACGAAAAAUCGAAAACUCCUGCAGAAAAAGCGCGUUUUCAUAAAUUACGAUUGUUUUUGGCGUCGCAUAGUUUUCGGAAUUUCUUUCAAAUCAGUGUGAUAAGUGUUUUUGGGGUUUUUAAUCGACCCACAUUUUUAUUUUUUGCUGUUUUUCCCGUGUUUUUUUGGUUAAAUCGAGGGAUGGGGUUUAAAUCGGUAUCAAAUAUGCAGUUUCAUUUGCGGAUGUUGGUUCUUAUUUUAUCUUCAGUUCCUGUUAUUAUUAUUUUGGUUGUAAUCGAUUCUUUUUAUUAUGGGUAUAUCUCGUGGGGCGAAUUGGGGAUGUUGGAUGUUUCCAUCGAUAGUUUUGUUGUUCCUGGGUUAAAUUUCAUCAAGUAUAACUUAAAAGAUAGCAAAGAACAUGGGUUACAUCCAAGAUAUUUACAUGUUUUGGUUAAUAUACCAUUACUUUUUAAUGUAAUGGGUGUUUAUGUUUUUGUAAUGUUUGGAGAUUUCCUUAUAAAGUUUUCUAAGAAAAAAUAUCAUUUAUUACCGACAAUUCGAAGCAUAAAAGGAUUAAUGAUAACAUCGUUGUUGGUCCCAAUCUUAUUAUUAUCAUACAUUCCCCAUCAAGAGCCGAGAUUCUUAAUCCCACUAAUAAUUCCAUUAAGUUAUAUCUUUUCCGAGAAGAUUUACCAAGAACCAGAACGUUCCGUAAUAAAAAUAGAACCAACAACGGAAAUUAACAAGAAAGAAUUCAAAUCCGAUAACAAAUUAACAUUAUGGAUAAUUUUAAACCUAAUUUUUGGAAUUUUUUUCGGUUUUAUCCACCAAGGGGGGAUUUAUCCAGCUUCGAAUUAUUUAUCGAGCGAAAUUGCUAAACAACCCAAUACAAAGUACAACAUUUUCACCAGCAACAUUUACAUGGUGCCUCAAAUUCUUUAUAAACAACCCAAAAUUGAAAAAAUUUAUGAAUCAAGACGCACUAAAUUUCAAAUGAGCAAAAGAGUUUUCUUUUAUGAAGAAGGAAGUAACGAUUUGAGUUCAGUUUAUGAAAAAAUGGUUAAUAUUGUGAGAGUUUCAUCGAUGGAUAAACGAAAAAAUCGAUUUUUUAUGCUCCUCCCUGCAUCUUUAAACCAACAAUUUAAUAACGUCUCAAAAAAAUAUAAUUUUAUUGAAAUCGAAUUAACCAAGAAGUUUUAUCCGCACCUUAGCACGGAAGCUUUGCCCAACUUUAACGAGCUUUUUUAUUUAUUAACAAUGGUCGAUUUUAAGAAUCUUCAUUUUGAUGAGAUUUCUAACAGCUUUUUGAGUCUUUUAAAAAGCUUUUCUUUGAACUUGUAUGAAAUUAAAAUGCGAUAAAAUUUACUUAAAUCAA